UCAACUCUCAAUUUUCCUCAUAUGGCUGCCGCAUCCUGUCUCCAACACAAAACCCUCAUUUGUUAAUUUUUUUCUCUCUCUUCAGGAAUCAACCUGAGAAGCUCUCCUACUCCCUGUGUAAAAUAAACCUAGCCGCUGAAUCACUGCUCACGACCUCCUUAAUCCAUUUCCGAUUGCCUCUGGCUAAUCUUUGUCUAUUUCUUCUCCUCCAUCAUUUUAUUAAGUUUAUUUUUAUAUUAUAUAAAUUUGUAAACAUCUCAACCAACACCUUCACAGCUAGAUCUCGGACAAUAUAGACAAUAUUUUGAAAAAUCAUCAUCUUAAAAAUCUCUUCUCCAUCUCCUCUACAAAACCCACAAAAAAGAUCUAAACUCGCAAUUCCUUUUUUCCGGCCACCACCGGUGUUAUUGUCUGAAAACUGGGUGUCUUCAUCAAGGUCAAGUUCUCGACAUCUUUCCAUUUCAUGUAACAUCAACAAACUACAGCAGCAACAACAGCAAUCAAAAGAUGGAAUUUGAUAUGGUUGUAAGACUUGUUUGUAGAUCAAUGAAUCUAUUUUAACUUCUUUAGAUCUGAUACUAAUGGUAUUUUUUUGGUAAUUCUUCUAUUGAAAUUUUGAGAAAAAAAAUCCUUUUUCUUUUCCUGCAAAUUCAUUGAAGAAUUCUUUUCAAGUUUUUUUUUUUUUAAUCUCAACUCUAUUGUAAAUUUGUGAUUAAAAAAAUUCACAAUUCUCAACAAGAAUAAUUGAAAAGAAAAUAGAAAAAGUGCAAAAUAAUCUAAUCCAUUAGCUCUUUUCAAGUUCUCUCUCUAAUGUGGACACAGCAGCAACUUGUACAACCAGUGCCACCCUUGAAACUCUUCCACUCAUUUCAACCAUCAAAUCAUGCAAAAAUUCAAUCUUUAUCAAAAUUAAAUUCGACCCAAAAUCUAAAAACAUUAACUUUGGAAGAACUUCCUCCAAACGCGCUUCGGAGGAAGAAAGAUGCAGAAUGGAGAGGAGGGUUUUCUCUUGGUGUCGACUUAGGAAUGGCUCGUACUGGCAUUGCUCUCAGCAAAGGAUUCACUUUUCGCCCUUUAACGGUUUUGAAACUGCGAGGACAGAAACUCGAGGUCCGGAUAAUGAACAUCGCAGAAGAGGAGGUCUGGAUCAUCUUUUGUCCUGAAGCUGAUGAGUUUAUAAUUGGACUUCCUAAGUCCUGUGAUAGUGAGGAAACGAUACAGUCAAACAUAGUCCGUUCUGUUGCUGGAAGGCUUGCUAUUCGAGCUGCUGAGAGGGGUUGGAGAGUAUACCUACACGAUGAAUAUGGGACGACAAAUGCCGCCAUAGAUCGAAUGAUCAACAUGGGCGUGAAUAGGUCUCAGCAGAAGAAACAAGAUGCCUAUGCUGCCGUGAUGUUACUUGAGAGAUAUUUCUCCACAUCAGGUCAGAAAACUGAACUUGUUGUGCCCAAGAAUCUUGAACUACAAGGAAAACUUAGAAGUGGUCCUCCUAGAGAUGAUGAUUAUUUAUCAGACGACGAUUAAUCACAUAAUAAAGGAGCUUGUACCAUUCCAUCAUUCGUGUUUUCUAAUUUCAAGUAUGUGUGAGGAAGUUGCAAGAAAAUGGAGGCAUUCCAACAAUUGUUAAUCAACACAAUGAUUUGGUGUGUUUAAAUUUCCAUUACAAAGCUUCAAAUUUAAGGAAGUAUGGGAAAAAAAUGUGAAAAUGUGUUAGUUACCGUUUAUUUUGAUGUAAUAGUAAAAAUGGUAGAUAUUGCUAGGGUUGGUUAUUGCAAAAUCAACAUCAGAAUUUGCUUUAAGUUGAAGUUCUUUGUGAGUAAUGCUAGUAUUCAAGGGUCAAUCAGCACAGUCCUACAAGGAGGGUCUUUUAUGAGUAUAUAGUAAAAUUGACUAGGUACAUAUAUAUUCUGCACUAAAUUUGUAAUUUCUCAGCAUGCAUCCAUAAAGCCUAGUCCAACUGACAAUGUCAAAAUUGUUAGGAUAGACGCAUUCAUUUGGAUUCAAAUGUGAAAUCUUGUGGUGUGUUCAUGUCACUUCGUCUACUAAAAAAUAUAUGUAAGUUGUCAUGAAAAGCUA